AUGGCUGACGCGGCGUCAGCUGAUUCGCCAUCAGUGCGCGAGGUAGCUUCGGCAGUGCAGGGAGCGGCGCCGUCGGCGCCAGGAGCGGCGGAAUUGGCGGCGCCCCAGUCGGUUUUGGUUCAAAAUGGGGUGGCGAAGGUGUGCCAGAUGUCGGCCGCUGAUUUGCUGCGUUCUUACCCGCGAGGUGCAUACACCACGGCGCGCACAGUGGGCGUUCACUCCGUGCUCGAAUUUGAUAUGCACGUGCAACGACUGGUGGAGUCGGCGGGUCUGAUGGGACUGGCAGUGGUGCCUGGUGGUGCGACAGGGGAGAGCAGUGGGGAUCAGGAGAAGGGGAGGGAUAGCUGUAGGGAUUCCCCUGACGCCCCUGCACCUCCGAUGCACACUGCUUCUGCUUCUGCUUCUGCUGCCGCUGCUGCUGAGUCACAACUGACGUUUGAACCCUACGACCUGUUUGUGCACGCGGCACCGCUUCCCCCUCCCCCGUCGCCCCCUGUGCGGGUGGUGGUAGCGGGGCGGCCGCGCAAGAAUGCAGCAGCCAAGGACUCCGCAUGGGUGCGGGAGAGGGCAGCACUGGAGGAGGUGAAGAAGCAGCAGGGCGCAGAGGAGGUUCUGCUGGUGGACAGUGAUGGCAGUGUUCUGGAAGGCGGCACCAGCAACUUCUUUGCUGUGGAGGCAGGAGGCGUGGUGGUGACAGCAGAGGAAGGCGUGCUAAAAGGCACCAUCCGCUCCCUCAUCCUCUCCGUCUGCCAACAGCAAGGUGUACCGGUGCAACUGCGGGCACCACAGAUAGCCGAAGCGCACACGUGGCAGGGCGCGUUCAUCAGCAGCACCUCCCGCCUGCUGCUGCCCCUCGAUACAAUUCUCCUGCCCUCCCCCCAGCACCAUCAGCAGCAAGAGGACUCAGCAGUAGAAGCAACCCCUUCACAAAAUGCUGCGGAGUCAACACGACCAUCUGACCCACCAAGAGCCUUCACUCCUCUGCACAUGUCGUCUGACUUUGUGCGGCAGCUGCAGCAGCACGUCUCCCUUGCCAUUGCUGCUCACUGCACCUGUGUUUUGGAGGAGGUAUAG